AGGAGGCUGCAGCUCCAUCACUCCAGGAUCUCCACUGGCACCGAUGACCAGAUAUGAUCUUCCCAUUUCCCAGUCAGCCCAUUUUACUCUGAGCUGGGAUCUCUUUAUUUGUUUGCAUGGAUGAUAACAGCCUUACGCAUAUUCAUGGAUUUCUCACACCACAACUAAUUUGACUCAAACCCGGGAUUGGUGACAAAAAAGACAAAAAAGGGAGCUCCAAGUGGUUUCCAGCGGUGUUUUCUUAAGGUUUGUGGAAGCUGCAGUUCAGCCUGCUUUGGACAUGGGACCGUGCGUCAGCCGAGAGGGAUCCGGUGCCGGAGGAAGAACAUCUUCCUGAAGGAGGAACAGCCCGUGUGCGGGAGUUUUUUUAAUUAUUUUUUUUAAUUUUUGUUCUUUGCCACCGGGGAGGGGGAGCUGUGGGUUUUUACGCGCCGGAAUGAUGCGUCCCAACCGCGGCUUCAUCCUGCUCCUCCUCAACGGAACCGCUUGUUUGGUGGCGCUGGGUCAAGAAGACGACUCCUCCAGCGCCAAAAGCUCUUCAGACGACUCGUCCAAGACGGUGGGCCUCCUGAGCGGGCAGGCUCCCCUCUCGCCCCUGAGCCGCUGGAUGCUUCACAGUAAGAGCCGAGCUGCUAACACCACCUCUCUGGAGCUGCCCUACCGCUCCCCGGUGCCGUUCUCCAAGCAGGAGUUUUCUAAACAGGAGUUCUGGGAGAUGCUGGGCAGCGACCUGCUCAAACCCGACGCCUCCAGCUCCAGGGUCAAACGCCGGCCCAUUGUUAAAACCGGCAAGUUCAAGAAGAUGUUCGGCUGGGGCGACUUCUAUUCCAAUAUCAAGACGGUGAGGCUUAACCUGCUCAUCACCGGGAAGAUCGUGGACCACGGUAACGGCACGUUCAGCGUCUACUUCCGCCACAACUCCACGGGCCAGGGCAACAUCUCGGUCAGCCUGGUGCCACCUGUCAAGGCGGUGGAGUUUGACCUGGAGCGCCAGAGCGUGGUCUACCCCAAGGACUCAAAGAUCUUCAACUGCCGCGUGGACUAUGAGAAGGUGGAUCGCAGCAAGCGCACCUCGCUGUGCAACUACGACCCAUCCAAGACCUGCUUUCAGGAGCAGAUUCAGAGCCACGUGUCCUGGAUUUGCUCCAAGCCUUUCAAGGUCAUCUGUAUCUAUAUUUCCUUCUACAGUACGGACUACCGCCUGGUCCAGAAGGUUUGCCCGGACUACAACUACCAUAACGAGAUGCCCUACCUGCCCUCGGGCUAGAACUCUUGUAGGGGGGAGGAGAGGUGGGAGGGGAGAGGAAAAAAGGGGGUGAGCAGGAGUGACUGCAACACACGAGGAGGAAACCAGGCCUGUGAAUCGUCCUUAAUGCCACUGUGGCAGCAAGACAACUUAAAAAGACCCUCUCUGUAGCCUGACUAUUGUAAGAUGUAAAAAUAUAUAUGCAAAACAAAAACUACAGUAUGCAGAUAAUGAGGCAUUUGGAAUGCGUAACUGCAGCAUUCAUUAACUGGACUGGUAGUGAAAAUCAAACACGCACAUUCUUACCUCAAUCCAGUUUCUAAAUGCCAACUUCUCGCCAGCUAAUUCUCUCUUCCAUUAAGUCAUCUGUGAAUGUUGUCUGAAUGUCCUUUUAAUCACCCUUUACUACAUUGCUCUUUUGCAAAGUCGCAAGGCAGCAUUUUCAGCGAAGGCGCGCAUUUAAACGCUGUGACACGAUUCACUGGAGAGUUGUAUACAAAUCCACACUUUAUUACAAACAUCAUACAGCGUUUAACACUGAGCACUGUAAAUGAUUAAAAACCUACCAGAGGGAAUGCAAAGUGUUGUUUUUCUCACACAGAGCAGAUGAAUGUAAAGUGUAACGAACCACAGCGUCACUGAGGUUACACUCAAGUCUUUUUAAAGGGCAUCUUUUUUUCAUGUGAACUUAAAAGUCUGUCUCCGUCUUCUCACCAUCACAUGUGCUGUCAGCUUCCCACCACGACAUUGCUGAUGUGUAGUUUAUAGCCUGCCGAAUCUAAUCACAAUAUAUCUCUCAGUUAUGUCACCUCCAUUUUAAUAAAAAGAGGGAAAAAGGAGGAGAGAAAAAAUAAUAAAAUUUGCAAGAAAAAGCAAUUGCUCAACAAAGAUUCAGGGCCAGGGCUUAAGACAAGUUCAGUGCGAAGGAAAUAACUAGAUUCUGCACAGAGAUAGAAUUGGCCCUCCACACUUAAGAGAGAGAGAGAGAGAGAGAGAGAGAGAGAGAGAGAGAGUGAGAGGGGGAGAGAUUCAGUGAGCUGUUUUAAUUAAAGUGGAGAAGGAGACUUAGAGUAUGCAGCUCCUUCUAUUGUCCCCUCUGUAUGAAAAAGAUUAAAUUUUGUUGCCGUCAGGAUUCCUGAUUUCACGCCUUGAUAACUUUGACAGUGCAGGCAGAUUGCUCUCUCCCGACAAAUACUGUGUUCACUAAAGUCGGCCCGUUAUCUUGAAUAAAUGAAAAUAUUAUCAUAAUAAUUACAUAUAAUUUAAUCUC